GAGUGAGUCAAAGCUCUUUUACCCCACAACGGUCUCUCUCUCUUCAAGGUCUUCAAGGUCGGGUUCUUUCUUUUCCUCUCCUCGCCCGUCGUCUUCUCCUUCUUGCUUGCUGAUCGCAUUUCGUAACAGAGCCAUGCCCAUCAACAACCCCACCAUCUGUAUCCUCGGAUGCGGCACCAUGGGUAUUGCCAUCAUUCGCGGCACACUCGAUUCUAUCGCCGGAGCAGAAUCCGUCCAGUCCUCGCCAAAGAUCUCGUCCUCAACAACUGCAACAGGCGCAGCCAACGACCUUUCUUCUACUUCGUUGCCAGAGGAGGAGGACAGUUUGUUACGUCCUGCUGGAUUCAUCGCAUGCGUUAGUCAUGAGGAAUCGGCUGCCAAGCUAAGUAAGGUCCUCGGAAGCCAGGUCAAAGUUCUUUAUGGUGCUGAUGGGAAUGUGCAGGGAGUGUCAGAAGCCGAUGUUGUUCUGCUCUGCACAAAGCCGCAAGUAGCCAAGGCCGUCCUUUCGGAGCCAGGGAUCAAGGAAGCAUUGACUGAUAAACUGGUCAUCAGUAUCUGUGCCGGAGUCACGAUUACUCAAUUGCAAUCCUGGACCACUCCCACCACGACCGUCAUCCGUGCCAUGCCAAACACACCUUGCAAAAUUCGCGAAGGAAUGACGGUCAUCUCCUGUGGUCCCAACACCGACAUCCAAUCCAUGACUUUUACUUCCAAGAUCUUUUCGACACUCGGUCGCUGCAGGAUUCUGGAUGAAAAGCACUUGGACGCCGUAACCGCGCUCGCAGGAAGUGGGCCAGCAUUUGCAUGUGUGAUGCUGGAGGCAUUGGCAGAUGGUGGAGUGAUGAUGGGCCUGCCUCGAGAUGUUGCUACAGAACUCGCUGCACAAGUUCUCCAAGGUGCGGCGAGAAUGGUACUCACGACAGGCGCACAUCCAGCGGCAAUCAAAGACUCGGUGACAACCCCUGGCGGAUGCACGAUCGCGGGUCUCUUGACGAUGGAGGACGGCAGGAUCCGCUCGACGCUGGCGAGGACCAUCCAGGAGGCCGCGACUGUAGCCUCGACCCUUGGACGCGACAAGAAGUAGAUAACAUUUGGCAUUAUCUGUGGUGUAAAAUAAAAAGGACUCUGGAUCGUUUA